AUGAGUUAUUCAAAGCAGGAAGAUGAAGAAGUGGGCAUGAAGCUGCUUAGCGAGUCAUCUCCUCGACCCUCAAUGUCUUCCACGGCCGUAGAUGACCUGGAAGCCAAUCACAAGGAGGCCGUCAGUGACACUCCUGUAGAACUGGAGUACCAGACACCUACUGGUGUUAAAUAUGCUUGGCUGGGCGCCCUUUUGGUGUUUGGAAUGCUGUUAACAGUCCAUAACAAGUUCAUCCUUCAAACGUUCCCAUGUCCUUGGCUCUUAACUGGCAUACACAGUACAUUCUCCGGACUAGGGACAUUCCUCCUCCUAAAACUCGGUUACUUCAAAUUAUCGAAACUCUCCCAGCGCGAUCACUUGGUCUUGGUCGCCUACUCGGUGCUCUUCAGCGUCAAUAUUUUCUUUUCCAAUUAUUCGCUGUCCCUCGUCAGCCUUGCAUUCUUCCAAAUCGUCCGGAAUACAUCACCAAUCUUCACCGUUCUUCUCGAACGCCUUUUCUUCGCGCGCUCCUACCAAUUAGCCACUUAUAUCGCCCUGGUGCCCAUUGUUCUGGGUGCCGCUCUUACUGCAUCUGGAGACUUCCAGUUUACCGUUUUCGGCUCGAUUAUUUCAAUCAUCGGCGUUCUUCUGGGUGUUGUAAAGAUCAUUGUCACCAACCGUCUCAUGACCGGGUCACUCGCCCUCCCCUCAUUGGAACUAAUUUACCGAAUGUCAAUCUACGCCGCUAUUCAAACAAUAAUAAUCGGAUUAUACGCCGGCGAACUUUCCAACCUGGAACCAUCCGCACUCUGGCGUACCGACGCCAGCGACGAAUCGGCACCACUAAUUACGUCCACCGUGGCAUCGCUGCUAGGAAACGGAAUAUUAGCCCUCCUACUGAACAUUUCAUCAUUCCAGGCAAACAAAGUGGCCGGCUCUCUUGCUAUCACGGUCUGGGGAAAUGUGCGGCAGACUCUGACUUUGAUUCUUGGCAUUUUGUUCAUGGGAGAUUUCAACUUGAACCUGCAAACUGGGGCAGGGAUAGUUCUUGUGGUGAUUGGCUGCGCGUUCUAUAGUAAAACGGAGCUGGACUCCAAAAAGGAAACUAAAAGCUAG